CAGUGGAAGAGGAGGAGGUAGAAGCUUCGAUAAUGAAAAAGGAGAAAGAGGCUAUCACAUUGAAAGAAGAAGAGGAUAUUGUAAUGAAAUUAGAGGAAGAACCUUUUAGAGUGAAGGAGGAAGAGGAGGCUAUCUCAGUAAAAGAGGAGGAAGACAUUCUGGGAGUGAAAGAGGAGGAGGAAGGAGAGGAAGAGGAGACUGAAGAUCGGUAUAGCACCGAGGAGAGGCGAAACGGAUCAGAGGACCAAUACGCGGCGUGAUGGCGAUGGGAGUCUUUCAGCUGAUGCUCGUUGCGUGACGUAUAAUCUAGUGGACGGGACACUUCUUCAACAAGGACGACAGGGCUACUGAUUAAACCACAUCGGUUGUUCGCUAGCAAACAUAAAACCGGUCAUAUUUAGACCAUUUGUGUGUAUAUUAACCUCAGUGUUUUAAACACACUGUUUACUAGUUACUUUAAUAUUUACGUUGUCAGCUAGCUAGCUGUUUUAGUUAGCACUAGGAUAGUCUAACGUUCCCGACCAUGAGUUCACUAUCCUACUCUCCACCUGCUAAAGAAGAGGAGGACUGCUGGACGGAGAAAGAUGGUCCAGUGAAAGAGGAGAAGGAAGAUGAGGCUAUCACGGUUAAAAAGGAAGUAGAGGGUGAGGCUGUUACAGUGAAAGAGGAAGACGUUUCAGUGAAAGAGGUGGAUGUUACUGUUGAAGAAGAGGAAGACGCGUUCAGAGUGAAAGAGGAGGAGGAUGCAGUUGAAAAGGGGAAAGAGGAGGAGAUUACUGUCACAGUUAUGGAGGAGGAAGAAGAGAAGAAUGGAAAUCUGAUUAACACCAGUGAGAAUGGAGAUCUGAUUAACACCAGAGAGAGACAAGACUCUCACUCUGACAGCGAAAAGUGUCUUUCAGAAGAACCAGAGACGUCCAAACCAGCAAGACGACGCCACUCUUCCCAGUGUGGAAAGAGUUUGACCAAGUUAGGGAGCCUUAAAAACCAUGACAGGACACACACAGGAGAGAAGCCCUACCAAUGUUCCCAGUGUGGAAAGAGUUUUACAAGGUUUUGGAACCUAAAAGAACAUGUGAGGACACACACAGGGGAAAAACCUCAUCACUGCUCCCAGUGUGGAAAGAGUUUUAUCCGGUCAAGCCACCUGAAAGAACACAAGAGAACGCACACAGGGGAGAAGUCUUAUUACUGCUCCCAAUGUGGAAAAGGUUUUAUCCAGUUAAUGAAACUGAAAAUGCAUGAAAUGACACAUACAGGGGAGAAGCCCUACCACUGCUCCCAGUGUAAAAAUAGAUAUGUUUCAUCAGGAGCCCUGAAGUCACAUAAGAGAACACACACAGGGGAGAAGCCAUACCUCUGUUCCCAGUGUGGCAAGAGUUUUAGCUGGCCAGGGCAACUGAAAGAGCACGAGAGGACACACACAGGAGUGAAGCCUUACUAUUGCUCCCUGUGUGGAAAGAGUUUUACCCAUUUAGGGAACUUAAAAAGACAUAAAAGAUCACACGCUGUAGAGAAGCCGUAUCAAUGCUCCCAGUGUGACAACGUGUUUUUAUCACCAUGGGACCUGAAAAAACAUGAGAGAACACACUCUGUAGAGAGGCCUUUCAAAUGCUCUCAGUGUGGAAAGAGAUUUAUCCAGCGUUGUCACUUGAAAGCUCAUGAAAAAAUACACACAGGCGAAAAACCAUUGUGCUCUCAUUGUGGAAAGAGUUUUACCCAGUUAGGGAGCCUAAAAGAGCACGAGAGGACACACACGGGAGAGAAGCCAUACCACUGUUCCCGGUGUGGAAAGAGUUUUACCCGGUUAUGGUGCCUGAAAGCACAUGAGAGAAUGAAGAAGCUGUGUUCUGACUUAAUGGAAGAGGAGGAGGUAGAAGCUUUCAGAAUGAAAGAGGAGGAAGUUACAGUGGAAGAAGAGAAAGAACCGUUUGGAGUGGAAGAGGGGGUAGAGGCUGUUACAGUGGAAGAGGAGAUAGAAGCUUUCAAAAUGGAAGAGGAGGAUAUCAUAUUGAAAGAGGAGGAGGCUGUUACAGUGGAAGAGGAGGAGAUAGAAGCUUUCAGAAUGAAAGAGGAGGCUCCCUCAAUAAAAAAGGAGGACAUUUUGGGAGUGAAAGAAAGGGAAGAAAUUGGGGAGGAGACUGAAGACCUGAUUAACACCAGAGAGAGACCAGACUCUCCCUCUGACAAGAGUCCUUCAGGGGAAACAGACCCAGGGAAGAGGCCUUCAGGGGAACCAGACCCAGGGAGGAGACCUUCAGUGGAACCAGACCCAGGGAGGAGACCUUCAGUGGAACCAGACCCAGGGAGGAGACCUUCAGUGGAACCAGACCCAGGGAGGAGACCUUCAGGGGAACCAGACUUGGGGAAGAGUCCUUCAGGGGAACCAGACUUGGGGAAGAGUCCUUCAGGAGAACCAGACUUGGGGAAGAGUCCUUCAGGGGAACCAGACCCAGGGAAGAGUCCUUCAGGGGAACCAGACCCAGGGAGGAGACCUUCAGGGGAACCAGACUUGGGGAAGAGGCCUUCAGGGGAACCAGACCUAGAGACUGCCAAACCAGUAGGACGACACUGCUGCCCCCACUGUGGAAGGAAAUUUACCAAGUUACACAACCUAAAAGAGCACGAGAGGACACACACAGGAGAAAAGCCCUUCCAAUGUUCCCAGUGUGGAAAGAGUUUUAGCCGGUUAGACAGCCUGAAAAUGCAUGAAAGAAUUCACUCUGGAGAGAAGCCUUACCAAUGCUCCUAUUGUGUAAUGUGUUUUUCACGAUCACAGGCCCUCAAAAGGCAUGAGAGGACACACACAGGAGAAAAGCCUUUUCAAUGCUCCCAGUGUGGAAAUAGUUUUACCCUGUUGGCACACCUGAAAUCACAUGAGAGGACGCACACAGGAGAAAAGCCUUUCCAAUGUUCCCAGUGUGGAAAGAGUUUUACCCGGUUAAGGACCCUAAUUAGGCACCAAGGAAUACACAAAGAAGGAAGGAAGACCUUCCAUUGCUCUCAGUGUGGAAAGAGUUUUACUGAGUUAUGGGGCGUGAAAAUACACGAGAGAAUUCACUCUACACACAGAGGUGAAAGGCCUUUCCAAUGCUCCCAAUGUGGAAAGCGUUUUACCCAGUUAGGGAACCUGAAUUUACAUAAGAUAAUUCACUCUGGAGAUAAGCCUUACCACUGCUCUCAGUGUGGAAAGAGCUUUAUUCGGUCAUGCCAUCUCAAAGAGCAUGAGAAAACACACACAGGGGAAAAGCCCUUCCAAUGUUCCCAGUGUAGGAAGAGUUUUGCCCGGUUAUGGAACCUAAAAGAGCAUGAGAGGAUACACACAGGAGAGAAGCCCUACCACUGCUCUCAUUGUGGAAAGACCUUUUCCCGAUUAAGGGAACUGAAAUCCCAUUACAUUUCACACACUCUUAUCCAGGGAGAAUAACAAUUGUUGAAUUCACCUUAAAGGUAGCUAGGUGAGACAGCCACACAUCACAGACAUAGUAAGUACGUUUUCCAUUCAUUAAAUAGUUCUCAGUGAAGUCAGUGCUCGUAGGAAAAGACAAGUUCAGGUCAGAUUUAUUGAAGACACUCUUUGAAGGGUCAUCGUGGUUUUCAAGGUUCGUUGUACAUGAGAGAAUAAAGAAGCUCUGUUCUGUCUCUUUUUUUACUGAGAAUUUGUGUUUUUGUUUUAUGCCGCAUGAAAUCAAACUGUAUGAAUGACAUCAUACAACAAAAUGGCUACUUUUGUUUUAAAAUGUUCUAAUGUGCGUUUUAUUUGAAUUAAUAACAAGUAUUGUAAUUCCAAGA